AACGUCAACGUCAGUCUCAAUCAGUUGCUGGAAAGUGAUGUCGUUUGUGCUGUAGUGAUUCAAAACUAUUUUACAUUAUUUUGAAAGAAAUGUCGAACGAAAACGCUUUGGACUUGCACCACGUCCACCAGUGCUUCCAAAGAAGCCUGAAAGAGGAGGAUGACGUUGUCAUUGAGGCGUACAUAGAAGGAUACAAUGAAUUAGUAAAGUUUCUCAACUUAAUAGGAUCAGUAUUCUCAUUUGUGAGUAGCGAUGUGAAGAGUAAAAUUAAAGUAAUGGAGAAACAUAGAGAGGGAGAGGAUGCGGUGCACUAUGACUCAUUCAAGAAGAUGAUGAAGUAUGAGAAGGACACUAACUUGUAUGACAAGAACGGAUUCGUCUCUGGCUCAAGGACUAUGCUGCGAUUGCAUCGAGGUUUAGACUUCAUACGUUUGUUCCUGAAGCGUCUGAGUGAGGCGGACGAGAACAUGAACACUUGUACCACGUGUCAGGGCUCCUACAACGAGACCUUGGCCAACUUCCAUCCGUGGUACAUCAGGAAGGCAGCCACUCUAGCUAUGCAUGCGUUGCCUUCGAGACCGGAUCUGUUGAAAAAGAUCUUCGGUACGGAUGAAAGUUUAACAGCAGCGUUAGCCGUGUUACCCCAAACCCUGAAUUCUUGCGACGAAGUCUACAGACGUGUGGAACAACUGUACACGGACUUUGAAUUCCAUGAACUUCCUUAAACAAUGUAAGAUUUUCUAUUUAAGUAGAAAAAUUGUUAACUUACUCCGAUGAUGUUUCAUCGUUGCUUUGUACCUCUGGUUAGAUCUUAGAGGUUAAAAUGCUCAGAUUUUUAGUACCGGCUAUCGUUUUUGCGAUCAGUAGGUGGCGCUGGUAUCGAGUUAGAGUAUGUCAGUAAAGUAAUAGUUAAAUUAUGUUACAUAUUAACUAAAUGAGAUUGAAGAAUAGAUUAUUGGUCUAGUAUGUUUUAUUUUCCAGCGCCCCCUAGCGUUUUGAUGCAAUAGCCUUCAUUAUGUCGAAGUGUGCAUACGCAUAUUUGACAUUUAAAAGUAAUACUAAAGCCUGUAUUACAGAAUUUCAUUUAAUCUUUCUAACAUUGAAUGUAAAUAUCUUACUUUAUUUUGUCUCUAAAAAGAGAUAUACCACACAUCCCACUAAAUAGCUCAAUCAUAUACUUGUAAUGUCUUUAAGUUUUAUCAAAGUUCUAUGUCAAGGGAAAAUCAUUUAUCGGCAAUAAGGAUAAGGUCUAUAUUUGUAUAACAUAAGUAUCAUUCUUAUGCUGUAUUACGGGACUUUACACUUUUUGAGUGAUUUACUACUAGGAAAGCUAUCGGGUAUCAAAAUAAUCAAGUACUAUUGCGUCAAUGUAUAUAAUAAUACACCUUUCAUGUUCUUACAAUUUGAUCAAUAUCAUACAUCAUUUUAAAGUAAUGUUUCAUUUAAAGUCAAAGUCAAAUCAUUUAUUCCAAUUAAAACAUAAAUAGGUACUUCUAAAAUGUCAAUAAAAUAAAGAAAUAAAUAAUAGUUGUCUGUGAAGCUAGGUGCUCGUUCCAAAGUGUAGCUUUGAAUGGAGAAGAACGAGCAAAAAACUCCAAAAGCAUUAAUUAUUAUAUCAGAAACAAAACGAUAUAAAUAUUGCACUUAACCUUUCUUAUUACAUUUAUUAAGACUUUGACUGCCAACAAAAAUCUGUUGAAGGCAAUUACUCCGCUAGCGCCGGUCACUUUUGCCCCCAUGGCGCUUAACACAUUGAACGUGGUGGUCACCGGUGACCGACGUUAGCAGAGGAUUUGCCUUCAACAGUUUUCUAUUGGCAGUCAAAGACUUAAUGUGAGUGCUAACACGGUGGUCACGGAUUUACUCCAAACUCUUGGUUUUAAAAACAAAUCUUGUUCUAGCUUUUCUUUCACGUCAUUCUAAAUUGAUAAAAAAAAUCGUAAGUUAUGCGUAUAGCCAAUCAAAACACUGACAAUAUCGCGCUAAUUUAUCAAUUGUGUAUUGAUUAUAUCUUUCUGUAUUGAUAUAAAUAAUUUUCAUUUCCGUGUUACUUCGUUCUACACUUUUGAUUUUAAAAAAGUAUGUAAAUCUUUAAAACGUUUUUAUUUGUAGCAUUGGCAUAAGAAACACUUAUUUAGUAUUAAUUAUAUUCAAUCUUUGUGUCAUUUUGUGCGUAGACGCGGCGACGACGCGCAGCCUACUGAGUAGGAGUAGACUACUGAGUAUUAGAAAUUUCAUUCAAUAUUUGUUAUUUCCAUAGCCCAUUAGGUAAUGCAAUGCAAACAAUACUUUGACAUAUGAUAUUUUGGUUCCUAGUAGAUGUCACCACUAAAGCUGGUCUAAAACACUCACACUCAGGUCUGAAACAAUAUCAUAUUGUUAUACAGACUACAGACAAGUUGACAUUAUCAUUUAUGAAAUGCUACAUUGCAUACGUAGCUACCUUAUUCCUCGCCGGCGCUCCUGGUGGUAAAUCAGAUACGAUAGCCUCCUUGCUUAAUUUUAACACCAAAUAAUCAUAAAGUGAUUAUAGUAACCUUUCCUGAUAGGAAUUAUAAUUUGUAACAAAAUAGUUGUGCUAAAUAUGAUCUCAGUAUAACAAGUACAGAUGAAAUCGCAUAAUAUAUUUAGAUAUUAAAUAAAAAAUAAAUAAAUUAUUAAUAUAUUUGCCAAUAAAAUAAUGCUAAUGCUAUCUUUUAUUAAUUGAUGGCAACAUUUUAACUCUACUGUCAAAUAAAUGUCACUUUUGUCAACUCCCGCCAAAAAUAACGGCUUGUUUAGAUAUAACCUACAAUUUAUGAGAGUGUAGUAUUAUUUUUCCUUAUUUUAUACCAAAGGGAAGAAAUUAACAAUAACAACUACUUUUCCUGUGCCUUUUUAUUUUUAUAGAACAAUUUCAAUGAAUUAUUUUUAUUGUUAAGUAUCAAUUGUUAAGGCAUAAAAACUAUUUUAACCGUUUAUAUUUUUUUUAGCAAAACACACUUUUUAUUUGUAAUAUCUUUGAAAAUUAAUUAGUAUUGUGAUUUAGUUUUUUAAUUUAGGUUAUAAAAUAUUGCCAAUUUCAUUAAAUGAACAACGAAUCAUUCAUUUAUUUUUUAUAUUUUAACUUUAACAUAAUUACGCUACUAACUAAACACUUAUAUUUUAAGUUUACUUUAUGAUUUAUAAUAUUAUGCAAUUUUUAUAUAACACAAAACUAGACCAAAAGUAGUUAAUAAAUACUAUUUUCUACCUUUAAGCUCUAACUAGAGUAAGCUGAAUGUCAGUAUUUAAGUAGCGCGACUGCCAUUGGUCAGUUUUUGAGUGUUCUAGAAUUUGAAAUGUUGGCAGACCAAUUUCGGCUUAAAAGGCCUGGUAUAGAAAUUUGUGAGUUGCGAAGUAGUAUAGUUAAUAUAUUCGUUUUGGUUUCCAAGACAGUUUUCAUAUUGGCUAUAGUUGGGCCAUUACAAACGUGCAAACUGUCAUAAGUAUUUUUUAUCAGAUCUCUCGCUCACACUUAUGCAAGUUGUGCGGGAUAGUUAUAUUCUUUUGACGUGACAGUUCGCACGAUUGUAAUAGCCUAACUAUAGAGGGCGGUUAAGUGACGUAAAGUUGUCCAAAAAUAAACGUUGUUAAAUGAUUUUACGUCUCAUUUUCGCUUUAAGGAUUUGUGAGAUCACAUUGAAGAAAGAGUCGUGUAAUAUUACCCUGCUAAUAGGUAUCUAUAUAUUAUUAUCAUGAAU